AUGAAGCGGGACCGGCUCGGGCGCUUCCUGUCGCCCGCGGCGUCCCGGCAGCGCGGGAGCUCGGGCCGCGGCUGUUGUGGCGGAGGCCGGGCCCGGGGCCGCCCCGCCCACAGCGGGCCCGACGUGGCCGAGGCGGCUGCUGUGGUGGCGGCGCGGCUGGGCUGGGGCCCGGCGCGGCCCUGCGGGGACACGGGCCAGGACGGCGCAGACGAGGCAGGAACAGCCCGGGCCCUGGCCAUGGGGCACUGUCGCCUUUGUCAUGGAAAGUUCUCCUCCCGGAGUCUCCGCAGCAUCUCCGGCAGGGCACCUGGGGAGAGCUCAGAAAGGCCACCCCCUGGGGACCGUGUUUUCAUCCGGGAUUUCCAGCGCCUCCUGGGCGUGGCUGUCCACCAGGACCCAGCUCUGUCCCAGUUUGUCUGCAAGAACUGCCAUGCCCAGUUCUACCAGUGCCACGGCCUCCUCACAUCUUUCCUGCAGCGAGUCAAUGUUCCCCCGACAGGCCGCCGGAAGCCUUGUGCAAAGGUCGGUGUCCAGCCACGGAUGGGGCCGGAGGAGGGAGCGUGUGUGGUGGACCUGAUUGCUUCGAGCCCCCAGGGCCUGCGUGGCUUGGUGGGGUGGGUGCACAGACACGCGGCCAGCUGUGGGGCCCUACCUAGCCUCCAGAGGACGCUGUCCUCCGAGUACUGUGGUGUCAUCCGGGCCAUGUGGGGCUGCGACCAGGGCCAUGACUACACCAUGGACGCCGACUCCAGCUGUGGGGCCCUCUUGCUGGACAGCGCUUUGGGUGUCAAGUGGACGUGGGACAAGGAUUCAGCCCCGCGACUCCCCCAGCAUCGGGGGUUCAACCCCACCGGGGCUGCCCCUCAGAGCUCCCAAGGCAGAGCAGCUGCGGCGGGGGCUGAAACCGAGACGCUCCCCAGCCUCGACACAAGCCGGCUUCCCUCAGAUGGUGACCCAGUGGGGCCGGGGCCGGGCCCCCCGUCUCAGCCAAGCCUCCCCCGAGGUGGGGCCCCAGGGCAAUUGGGUGAGAAGCAGGUUCCAUCUCCAACCUCGGAUGAUCGGGUAAAAGACGAGUUCAGUGACCUUUCUGAGGGAGAUUUCCUGAGUGAAGAUGAAAAUGACAAGAAGCAGAACACCCAGUCCUCGGAUGAGUCCUUUGAGCCGUACCCAGGAAAGAAGGUGUCUGGUAGGAAGAGUGAAAGCAAGGAAGCCAAGAAGUCAGAAGAACCAAAAAUCCGAAAGAAACCUGGGCCUAAGCCGGGCUGGAAGGGCAAGCCACGGUGUGAGAGGGAGGAACUGCCCACCAUCUACAAGUGUCCGCACCAGGGCUGCACGGCUGUGUACCGCGGGGCCGACGGCAUGAAGAAGCAUGUCAAGGAGCACCACGAGGAGGUCCGGGAGAGGCCCUGCCCACACCCCGGCUGCAAUAAGGUGUUCAUGAUCGACCGCUACCUGCAGCGCCACGUCAAGCUCAUCCACACAGAGGUGCGGAACUACAUCUGCGAUGAAUGUGGACAGACCUUCAAGCAGCGGAAGCACCUCCUGGUCCACCAGAUGCGCCAUUCGGGAGCCAAGCCUCUGCAGUGUGAGGUCUGCGGGUUCCAGUGCCGGCAGCGGGCAUCCCUGAAGUACCACAUGACCAAGCACAAGGCUGAGACAGAGCUGGACUUUGCCUGUGACCAAUGUGGCCGGCGGUUUGAGAAGGCACACAACCUCAACGUGCACAUGUCCAUGGUACACCCGCUGACGCAGACCCCAGACCAGGCCCCGGAGGCCCCGCCCAGGCCGGCAGCAGGGCAGGUGGUGAAGGCUGAGCCCACCUGAGGGCCUGGCUGCCCUGAGCUCGGGUGGUGACUGGUUCAGGCCUGUGCGCAGAGUGGUGCCCUGAUGCGCCCCCACUCUGCGUACUGGGCGGCGAUGGUUCAGUCUGUGGCUCGCAGGAUCUUGUGGCCUCUGCUCUGGGACCAGCAGUUUCUUCUCCUAUAACCAGAGUGACUUGGGCCAGAUGCAGAUUUUAGAGAACUGAUUCCUCUUACCCACUAAAGCAAUUGAGAUUUGUAACCCACUCCGAGGAGCUGGGCAGUGCCCUGUGCAGGUCGGGUCAGAAGAGUUGGGGCUCGUGGGAGAGAUCGGGGUCCAGCACAGCCUGCCGCCUGCUCAGGAGGGCGGCACUCACUUCCGGGUCACAAUCUCCACUCAUAGCCAGCAGCUGCAACAAAACCCACAUGCUGGGCACAUUCUGCCCCCGUCCCUCCUGGGCCUGGAUGCUGGAUGCCGGCUUUCCCCAAGGCGUCCAGCAUCCUCAUGUCACACAGUGACACGGACCUAAACAGAGCCACCUUGGUGAGCACCUGGGCAUUACCUCUGCCACAUGCAAGAAGCUCCUUUCUGGGCACCGAGGUAUCAACUGCAGCAGAAACAGACGGGCAUUUGUUACCAGGCUUAUGGGGUCACCCUAGAAAGAAGAUGGGCAGUGCCAAGGUCAGGGUGCCUAGAGCCGUGAACUGUGCCAGGAGCGUCACCCCAGCCUGUCUGGAGAUGGGGCCUGGCCCUGCACCUGCCUGAGUUGGGAGCUCCCCACCAUGGGCCACAGUCCAGACUGCACCGGUCUCCCCAGCCACAAAGAGGCCAACAAGCUUCAGGUACAUGUUGAGAGCAACGUGCAGGAAGGCAUCUUCUUUGAGGAGGGCAUCUUCGUCAAAGUAGGGAAGGAGGCUGAAGGCAGACACAGGUGUCAAGUGACCUGACCUCACACGUCUGACUGGGGCUGGUGGCAGGCAGCAGGGGCACAGGCUCUCCGUCUUGAAGGACCCCUGCUGUUCCUCCCCUGACCUCCAGGCCCUGAGGGUUACCUGUAGAAGGCGACCGGCAGCAGCCUGACCUGGUGGUCGGGGGCCAGGCCAAGGAGGGUGCGCCCCAGGGGGACAUCUGUAAAACCAAGGGGCUUGUCAGCAGUGCAGGGCCCUCCCAUAGUGUCAGGGUCGGUCUCCACAAGUUGUGUGCCUGCUGACCUAGGGGUGGCAACCUCAUGCCACAGACUAGGGGGUGGGGGCUGGGUCCCUGAAAUCGUCAGGGCUCCACUAAAUUAUUAAAUGAGUCUGUAUACUUAACCAAGCACAUAAAGUUGCAAAAAUGAGUUUUUAAAGUGAGCCCCAAGGAGGGCUCCUGUGUAACCAUUUGAAAGUUGCUUCUGAAGAGAAGGACUAAGGAGUCGGCUGCAGUCUGACCUGCUCCCGCCAGAGGGCUAGGAGCCAGCACAGACAUGGUUGGCAGCCUCCGGAUCUCUUACCCGCCUCCGUCAGCUGAAAGACCAGCAGCCAGGAGAUCCUCCUCCUCUGCAGACACCCCAAGAUCUCCGCACAGAUGUCCAGAGCCCUCAGGGAGCCAAUGGCCUGUGACCCACAGAAGAACAGAACUCAAAGGUGACAGUGGGCAAGGAGGGGCUGUUUACCUGGGGCACUGCGCAGACCCUCAGGGUGCAGGGUCUGAAGGGAGACCCCACAGGGCAGGCCCAUGGCCUGGGGUUUUCUCUCCUGAGAAAGCUUUUGCCCCAAAGGUACCACACCUCCCCUGCUCAAGAGACCUAACUUAGGAGGUCUGCGGAGAAAUGGGGAUCCAUGGUUUCAAGUGCCCUGGGGGCAGGGGCUCGCCACCCUGUCCAGUGUGGGAGAGGGUCUGACAUACCUGUGGAGUCAGAUAUGAAGAGAGCAGGCCCAUCAAGGAAAAGAAAAACAGGGAAACGAACAGCUACAAAUAAAAACACAUCCACUCACAACGUAAGACUACCUGUAUUCUGUUCCCUGAGAGUAUAAGUAAAAAAAAUUCCUCACUGAUUGAGUGUUUAUAGGCCUAGGCUAGAAAUCUUUGGGGGGAUCUUUGCAGGAAUAAAAUUUGUAGUCGCUCUUACAGAAUUUAAUGGGUUAUAAACAAUUACUGCUUGGGGACCCAUCUCUGUGGGCCUGUAAGGGGACAGUGGUCUGGAAGAUACGGAGCCACUAAAAGCCUUCCAACAAAAACAGCCUGAAAAGUCUAAGAACAGAUGCUCCCUGGGACUCUGUUACUUGAAAUUAUAAUCACUCAAACCCCACAGCUCAGCAGUUGUCAGGCAGGUGUGUACAACCUAAGCUGCUGGGGAGCUCUGGGUUUUAGAGAACUAGGGGUUCAGCUGGGUGUACCAUGGCGGCUCCCAGUGGGGACACCAGCCUGCCC